AUGAAGCCCAGAGCAGAACAAAAGAACAUUCGAGCCUAUAGCGUCAUCAACCUCGAGGACGACACAUUGCAAAGCAUAGCCUCUCUAUUCUCAUAUAAGAAAGCCAAUACUAACGAAAAAUUUCACAUAGCCAAACUGCCUCCAAGAAAGAUAGCCCAUCCCAGAGGCCCAGACGGCCGGUUCUUUAAAAGAACCACAGAAACCGUAGAUCCAUUCAAUUUCACAUCGGAGGAAUCGUCCCCACUCGACACCCCGGAAAUCAGAGAACGGGCGUUAGAGCAAGAUCCGUCGCUAUCGGAACAGGAAGUUAACCAACAAUUAGCAGACGACGAGGACGCAGAUUCCCUCCAAGGCGCACCAGAACCAGAUACAGUCAUUCCAUUCCAAUUCCCAGCUCUAGACCCACCGAAAGCACCAGCAAUAACAGCAAAGCCACAUAUCCAACAGAACCUCACCGCAACACCGAAAGAAACCAGCGUAGUGCAAACAGUAGCUACUUCGAAUAAAACCAGCACAAACCCCAUCAGAAUGGCAGGAAUGCCAGAGCCGUCGAUCUUUUACGGCCGAGACGAUGAAAACCCGCAGAACUUCUUCAAGAGUGUGGAACGCUACAUAUACCUCAAUCGGGUAUCAGACGAUGCUACCAAGGUCAUAAUUUUCAGUACCUUCAUAUCGGCGGGCUCAGAGGCCGACAUAUGGUGGUCAACGUUAGACACCGCUAAGAAAGUCACGCUGGAUCUCGUGAAAGCGGUGUUCGAAGUACAGUGGCCAGCAACAGUGAUCGCGAAGAAGUCCAAGCUGGAAUAUCAAAAGGAGUUACUAGUGUUAAGGCUGAAAGAAGAGGAAGUAGGCGAAAGGAUUACAGCGGCGGGAGUAUCGACGUGGUCACAUCUGCACUACCAUAGUCGACUCCAGAAGCUGGUACAAGACGCAGGCGUCGCCAACGCACCGGUAUUCAUACAUCAAGUUCGAGAAGCGCUGCCAAGGGUCAUUAGGGACUUGACGUCGCCAGCACCAAACGACUGGGUAGCGUUCCUAGACGAAAUCAAGAACGCGGACAUCAAUAUCAUCCAAGACAAAGCGCGAAGAGAGAAGGAAAAGAGAGACACAGAGAAAGCCCAGAAUGCUCGGAUUGCUCGACUCGAGAGCAAACAACCAGAUCCAAUGGAGAUUUUGCAUCUGCAAAUGCAACAGACGUCGAUUGGAACGGUCGCAAGUCCAACCGCACCCAUCAUUCCACAACAAAGAAUUACAGCUACACCCUCAUACCAGAACACACCAGCGAUAGCCCAACGAUCAGGACGAUAUGUAGCCGCGAAUCAACCAACGACGACUCCACAAAGACCACGCGCUCAACCACCAACCCCAGAAGAGCAAGACGCCAUGAGAGCGCGCGUCGGUGAAUGGACGCAUCAACCAGACAUGCCGACAGGACAAGCAACUUACGAGGACCAGAUUAGACAAUGGGGAGCAAAGUGGGGAGUAGGAGCUCGGUGCACAGAGAGCACACCAUACCCAUUAACCCCCGGCACCGCACACAUAUGCUCUGGAGAGUGUUUUCGUUGCGGAACGCACGGACACAUUGGGCCAGCAUGUCAGAUCCCACCAGAUGGCCAAUUGCCGCAAAGCGAGUCCAUAUGGCGCAGUCACUGUACCCGCAUUCUGGGAACGUUCAAUUGCGGCACCGCACCGCAAAUUAACUAUGUGAUCGACAACACAUAUGCCGCACAAGCUUGGGAGCAGGGAAAUGGGGAAGGGUUGUCGACGUAG